AAAGACAAAGACGUCAUCUUUAAGGCGAGGAAACAAGUUGGCUCCUUUUUGAGUGGUGGAUUGAUGGGGUUUUGAUCUUUUCGAGAGUUCUUUCCUUUCCCCCCUUUUUGUUUAAACUUUAAUGCAAUUCUCUGCAAAGAACCGUCUUUUUAUAUAGCAUCCCUCCCAGUGUUGAGUGGCCAUUCAGUCUUCUCCUCAACCGAAGGGAAACCCUUUCAUUUCCAGAAAACAUGGCUAAAAUCAGUUGGGCAAUUGGCUGGCUCAAAAUCUACUUCAUUGCCGUUUCCCUUUAUGGUUCUGCUGCUGCAAAAUUGAGAGACUCAGCUGCCCAGCAGCAGCUGGACAAGGUUUUGGAGCUACCAGGUCAGAACUUCGAAGUUAGCUUCGCCCAAUAUUCUGGGUAUUUGACAGUGAAUGAGAAGGCUGGGAGGGCUUUGUUCUACUGGUUCUUUGAAGCUGUUGAGGAUCCUGGGUCCAAGCCUCUUAUACUUUGGCUCAAUGGAGGACCUGGGUGUUCCUCCAUUGCUUAUGGUUUGGCUGAAGAGAUUGGCCCAUUUCAUGUGAAGCCAGAUGGUGCCUCCCUUUAUCUAAACCCAUUCUCCUGGAAUCAAGUUGCCAACAUUCUGUUCGUUGAUUCUCCAGCUGGAGUGGGGUUUUCAUAUUCUAACACAUCCUCAGAUAUGGUGACAAGUGGAGAUAAAAGGACUGCUGAGGACUCUCUAGAAUUUCUGAUCAACUGGUUUGAGCGCUUCCCACAGUAUAAAGGAAGGGACUUUUACAUUACUGGAGAGAGCUAUGCAGGGCAUUAUGUUCCUCAGCUAAGCCAAGCUGUUGUGUUGCAUAACAAAGCAACUAACUCCCAGACACUUAACCUUAAAGGCUUUAUGGUAUGGACUAAUUACCCCUUUUAAUGAAUGCCACAUGCUCUUUCUGAUCAUGAGCCACUUCUAGUGACGAUCAAUCUUGGAUUGCGUGAUGCAGGUGGGAAAUGCUUUGACAGAUGAUUACCACGACCAUUUGGGGGUCUUCCAGUUCUUGUGGUCAGCUGGAAUGAUCUCUGAUCAAACCUACAAGCAACUCAAUGAUGCUUGUGAUUCUGUUUCCUUCAUCCACCCUUCAAAGGCUUGCAUUCGGUAUCUUGAGAUCGCAGAUCAAGAAGUCGGACGCAUUGAUCCUUACAGUGCGUUCACCCCUCCCUGCACUCCCAAUAUCAGCCAGUCCACCCAGCUGCUGAAGAGAAGGCGUGUAAUCGGCACUGUUAGAGAGAAGUAUGAUCCUUGCACAGAGAAGCACUCUACAGCUUAUUUCAACCGGCCAGAGGUUCAGGAGGCUCUCCAUGUUCCAGCUGAACUUGCACCAUCAAAAUGGACGACUUGCAAUGACGUGAUAAAUGAGCAUUGGAACGAUUCUCCCAGCUCAGUGCUUGAUGUCUAUAAGGAACUCAUCGCUGCAGGGCUUCGCAUAUGGGUUUAUAGGUACUUCAAGAUCUUGUUUGUUUUGUCGAUUCCUGUUUUUUGAGAUUGACUAUGGUCCUAGAGGUGUCGUCAAAUGGGCAACUUGGGACGAGUUUGGGUUGCAGGUCAAUUGAGUCAUGCUAAUGGUCUCUUGCUUCCCAAAAGCAUAAACCUUUCAUCAUCUUAACCUUCAUUCUUCCAUUGUCAUGUAAACAGUGGCGACACUGAUACAGUCAUCCCAGUCACAUCCACUCGGUACUCAAUCGAUGCUCUUAAGCUUCCAACGGUGAAGCCUUGGCGCGCUUGGUACGAUGAUGGAGAGGUUGGAGGAUGGACUCAAGAAUAUGAUGGACUUACCUUCGUUGCUGUUCGUGGAGCUGGCCAUGAAGUUCCCCUGCACAAACCGAAACUAGCCCUCACAUUGGCCAAGUCUUUCUUAGCUGGAUCGUCGAUGCCAGCUGCUGCGCUCGAACUGGUCAGUGAUUCUUGAAGUCUCAGAAAUUAUUCAUAGGGAAAUGGAAGAACAAAUUUGUUUCCCCACUACUUCAUUCCUAAAGCCACAGGGAUUUAGACACUAGCUAGAGAGGAUGCUAUUUACUCACGAAUUGUACUUGAACUAGAAAUAAGAAGUUCAACCGAACUUCUCCUUACUUUUACACUAGAUCAAAUCGAACUGCAUCAACGUUUAACGUCUAUAUCAAAUCGGACAAAAUGAACAUGGUAAAUUGGUAAUAAUCGAAGACUUUAACGAUCACAAAAUGUUGCGUUUAAAUCAUGAAAGUCAGACUGUAAACAGUUUGGAUUGAGCUUAAUGCACAACAAUAGGCUUGUACAGAUGAUCAUCAUGUGUAAGAAAAAUGGACAACUACUUAUCAUUUUUCCUUUCUUUCAACAAUUUGUGCGCAAGAGACUUUUUUGUGUGAAAAAAGAUUAUUGAUAUGAACAUAAUUCCAACAAAUUGACUCCAUCAAGUUAAUCUUGUAAGUAGGUACAAGGAUUUUCUUUGCUAAAUUACCUCUUGAUUGGCGUUCAGUUUCAGCCUCGAGCCAGUGUUGUUCGAACUGGAUAUUGUAGAGUGUCUCCUCCAACUUCGUCAUCUCCUCCAUCAACGGCCAGAAAUGCUCAUUUCUGGCAUGUUCGUCGUGGAAAGUAUAGUGGGAGACAUGAACGUCGAAAUCGAUGGUCUCAUGGUACGGAGACUUAUUAGUGAAACAGAAGCGGUAAAUCCCUGUGUAGUAAACCACAAAUUCGUACUUCUCACUUAUCUUGUCUUUCAUUUCGUGGACGAGUAUCCCAUGUGGUGCUGUUAUGUUGAAAUCAACACCAUCCUGAGUGUAAUCCCAUACGGCAUCAGAUUUAAUGACGACGAACGAGACAUGGAACGUAUCUGCCUGAUCGACGUUAUGAGCGAAGCAUUCUUCUCUAUCGAUCACGAACCUUAAUCCGUUAGCUGUCUUCGAUCUCCAUAGUAAAACUAUUGUGAUUACUAUGGCGAAGGUGGUGAAAUGUUUGAAUGUUGAUGCCCAUCGAAUCGCACUCAUUGGAUCUGUUACUCUCACGAAUGAUGCGAAUCAGAGGAAAUUGAAACUAGGAGAGUUUGUCGAUUCUUUUUUCCAGAUCAGGAGUGAUUAAAGAUAGUAACUAUUUUCCUAUUUUCUUACAGAUUAUCUUAAAUGAAACUGAUUAAUAUAAUUUGAAUAAAGUAAUGUGAUUAUAAAUUUGAUUU